GACGACACACAGUCCAGCUCCGCACCCACCGACCUCCCUUGUCCCGGCAACAGCUAAACCAGAAGCCGCGGUUCUCCCGGUCAUAGUUUCAAACGAUCCGCUAAUCAUUUCACACAUCGUUAAAAAUAAAUAAAUAAAUAUAUUUUCCAAAGAAAAAAUAUUUUUUUUUUGAAUAAAAUUUUUUCAAAAAAAAAUCGAAGCGAAAAAAAACGAUCCGACGGAAUAGGAAUGGGAUGCCAAUACCUGAUACGUUUUCUCGCUUGGAGGAUAAAAGCAAGUCGAGUGGCAGUCGUCGCGGAGUUACGCGGAAUUCGGCGUUUCUUAUAUUAGCCGGCGCGGCGUGCUUUCGGUGAGCGCGGCAGGGUAGGAUCCGCAAAAGGAGAGAAUAACUAAGUCUGGUCCUUCGAGCCUAGCUAACAGCGGUCGAGAGAUAAAGAAAGAGAGAAAGAGAAUCCCUUUUUCUACCGCAUCGACAGUGUAUAAGCCAGGUUACAAUUUACAUUGGGUCCGAGAUCGCGGAUUUACAUUGACACGCGUGUAAAAACACUUUCUUCCCCCUCCCCCCUCCCUCUCGUCCCUCUCUCACAUCAAGACACGCGGGGUAAUGUGGCGAGAUUCAAUCUUUAGAGGAUCGAUAAUCUUUUAAGGACCAGUCUAUCGAACAGUCGUUCAAAUCAUUGUGCAUUUUAUUUUUUGAGGGGGAUCUUUAAUUCUCUUAUAGAAAAUAAAAGACCAAUUUUGCAUAAGGAUUCUUUAAGUGUGCAUAAAAAAAAAAAAUUUCUAUUCAAAGUGAUAGUGUUAAUAAAAUAUCGAAGAAAACAGUGCUGAAUAAAUGAGAAGAGAAAAAUAAAUAUUGAAAAACGUAAUUGGAAUAGAAGAAAGAAUAUUUGAAGAAAAAUGAAAUAGAAGAAAAAAUCAAAUAAAAAAUGAUUUGCAAAAUAUAUGAGAAACUAAGAGGAAAAGGAAUAUUCGAAUAGUUGAAAAAAAAUCGAAGAAGACUAAUCAACUUUUUAGUAAACCCAAAAGUGCAUUCAAAUGUGAGAAAAAAAAAUAAUCAAAUGAAUUCCAAAAAAUGAAAAAGUAAGGCAAAAUAAUCGAAGAAAAAUCGAAGACCUCAAAAAGAAAAGUUCCAAUGAAAUCAAAAGAAAAAAAAUAGGUAAAAGAAAUCAAAAGAAAUUUAAACGGAUUUGAAGAAAAAUCAAAGGAAAAAAUUUAUAGUUGAAUGUGCAUGCAAAUAUCUUUAUAUAUGCGGUGUGGUAAAAAUUUUAAAACAUUUUACAAGAAAUAAUGGACAAAAAUAUAUAUACUAUUGUACAGAAAAAUUCAAAAAAGUGAAAAAACGACAAAAGAAAGUACAAAAAACAGAAAUUUGGAAAAAAAAUUACUAGCAGAAAAUUUUUCAAGUAAAAAAUUAAAUCCAAUAAACAAACUGAGAAAGAAAAAUACAGCAAAUCUCCAAAACGAUAAAUAAAAUUACAGAAUCAACGAAAAAAAAUAGUCAUAAAGACUACACAGAGAAUUUUUAAAUACAUUAAUUAAAUAAUAAAAAGUAGUAAAUUAAAAAAAUACAUUUUUAUUUAUAAUUAAAUAACUAAAAAAAAAUUGACAACCUUAUUCCGGAAAGAUAAGAAAGGAUAAAACCAUACAAAAGUAGAAAUAAAAUUGAAAUUAUUAUGAUCCCUUCAGUUGAUUAGCAACAUAAACAUAAAAGGUCUUAGAAUCUAAAUAAAAUACAAAAACCUCACAGCUGUAAACAACCUACGAAUCAAGAAGCAAAGUGAUAAACUCAGUGAUAAAUUAUUAAAAGAAAAAAUCUCGAAAUCCAGAAAAUACAAAACAAAAUAGAAAUUCAAGGAUAUAAAUACUAACAUUAAAAAGAAAACUUACUAAAAUUUACUAAUAAAAAUCCUUUAAUAUCGUCGAAUAUAUGACAUCACUUUAUGAAUUUUUUCAUAUUAUAAAUUUCCCAAUUCAUAAAGGGAAUCCUAAUUAUGUCAUUAAAUAUAAAUUUCACAAUAAAUUGGAAAUUUGCUAAAAAAAAUCAGAUACAGAAACGUCACCAUAAAGAAUUUGAAAAAUAACAACCUUUAAAAGGAUAAUAAAUCGAAGACUAAGAAAACACGUCUAUAAAGUGAAAAAAAAAAUCUUGGAUUAGCUAAAGAAAAAAAAAAGUACGGAAAAAAAAUUGCUGAAACAAAAGAAGAAAAAGAAAAAGAAGAAGAAGAAGAUACGAGUAAUUUUGUAAAGAAAAAGAGAAGAAAAAAAGAUGAAAGAGAAAUUCCCGCGCUCUAGAUUUCGCAAAGCAAAUUGACGGUCGAUCGGUAGCAUAUAAGCAAGGUUAUGGUCGAGAUAAACUGGGACCAGUAAGUCGAGCUGAUAAGGUUGGGGCCGUCGCUCGACACAACCGCCAGUGGAUGAGUACGCGGUUGCCUUCAGGCCCGCUCGGACUGUCUUUACUCUCUCUCUCUUUCUCUCUCUCUCUCUCUCUCUCAAAGCUUCAAACUUUUCCUUUCAUUCAAAAAUCUUUUCAUCUUCUUUUUAUCCCCCAAAAACGAGUGCUUUUUUUACUACCCUAAAAAUUAUUGGAUUACAAAUAAUCCAGUUAAGUUUUAUUUAAAAAGAAAUAUUAUUUAAAGAAAAAAGAAGAAAAAUAUUUAGUUGAUAAAUUGUUUAUGAAAAUAAAUUGUUUUUUAAACAAUUUCUUAAAAGAAACAAUUUUCCAAAAGAAGCAAUUUUUCAAAAGAAACAUUUUUCCAAAAGAAGAAAUAUUCCUAUAAAGAACUGAUUUUCUACAAACAGUUUUCUUCAAAAGAAAAACGAAUCUUUUUCUAAAGGAAAACAAUUUUUCUUGUUUAAAAUAAAAAAAAUUAAUUUUCCACAAACAGUAACGUGGCAACAAUAUUUGAAAUUUUACCUUUUUCCAAAAAAAAAAAAAAAUCCUACAAAAAUCGAGUUCAAUUUUACCGAACGAAUUUGGUGCGCGAAGGACAUAGUUAAAUUAUCGAUAGAUGUUUGUUUACAUUCAGUGAAAGUGCUCUCGGAAGUGAAUAAAAUUAUAAAAGGUGAAAAUCGAUAUCCUAAAGGAAAAGAUAAAGGAACCAAGGAAGUUAAUUAAAAAAAAAGAGAGAAAAUCAAAGAGAAAGAGAAAUAAAAAAAAAGUUGAGAAAACUAAAAACAAAUGAAAGAAAAAAAGACAAAAUCAUUGUUCGAAACUAUAAGACAAUCCAAUUCCGUCGGUCAAUGACAAUCAUCAUCAUCUCAAUUAAAAUUUCACUCAAAAAUUCAAUAACACUGAAAAAAAAAAAAUGACAAGACUUUAAUCUAUAUGACUUCUUUUCAAAGGAGAUAAAUGAAAAUUUCUAAUUUUUAAAAAGUGAAGUGCAUCCUUUUUUUGUGGUGCGAGAUUUUGGGUCUUUUUUAAUCGGGUAAAAAACAAUUUUAGACUGGAGCUGUAUUUGCCGUACGCACCACUGCCGGGAGGUGGUGGAAUCCUCCCGGCGGUGACAUCCGGUGUUGCAAUUGGAACCGGAAGUUGUCGACCAGUUUUACUUGGUGGUGUUGAUCUUUCCAUGUCGGCUGCUUUACAAUCGGCACAAAAUAAUGGGCCACAGUCCCAUAAUCCUCUACAUCAAUCAAGUGUUGUUGGUGGUCUUUCAACACUUCCAUUACUUGGUUCUGGAACGGUGAUGAUGCCCCGUCCACCCUCGGGUACAAUGCCACCACUUGGUCCAGUUCUUCCUCCGUCGCAUCACGAUCCCGCUGAUCUCACCGACGCUUCGCCCAAUUCUGACGUUCUUCUUGCUCUUCUCGCGAGGAAUAAAAAUCUCGAAGAACGAGAGCAAGAAACCAAAAGUCCUCUUGUGAUCAAGGAAGAACCUACGAUACCAAAAUGUGGUGGUUGUCAGAAGGUAAUUGUGGAUAGGUUUAUUCUGAGGGUUUUGGAACGAUGUUGGCAUGCAAGAUGCCUCACGUGUCGAGAUUGUGGAAGCAGACUUUCGGAAAAAUGUUAUGCCCGAAAUGGUCACGUAUAUUGCAAGGAAGACUUUUUCAAGUGUGGCAGGCGUUUCGGGACAAAAUGCGCUGGAUGUGGCUCGGGUGUGGCCCCUUCGCAGAUGGUGCGCAAAGCCGUGGUUGCCAAAGAAGGCCAGGUGCCCCAAGAAUUAGUCUAUCACCUUCCCUGUUUCUCCUGUGCCAUGUGCUCCAGGCAACUAGGUACUGGAGACGAAUUUUACCUCAUGGAGGACAGAAAACUUGUCUGCAAAGCUGAUUACGAACAAGCCAAGGCGAAAGAAUUGGCUGAUGGAGGAAGUAUUGAUGGUGAUCAACCGAAUAAAAGACCACGAACUACGAUCACUGCAAAGCAAUUGGAAACCCUAAAGUUGGCUUACAACCAAAGUCCAAAACCAGCGAGGCAUGUUCGUGAACAACUUUCAACAGACACAGGACUCGACAUGCGGGUCGUUCAAGUCUGGUUCCAAAAUAGGAGGGCGAAAGAAAAACGAUUGAAAAAAGACGCCGGAAGAACAAGAUGGUCGCAAUUUUUCCGAGGGGCAGGAAUAAAAGGAAACGGUACCGGAGGUCAUUCUCCAAGACACGAUAAGCUUCUUGAUAAGGAUGAACUUAAAGUCGAUCUCGAUUCCUCAUUCGGUCACCAUGACUUGAGCAAUGAUAGUUAUGGGACUGUGGUGAAUAUGGGAUUGGAUGGAGAUGGUGCGAGUCCUGGAGGAGGAGGAAGCGGUGGUAAUAGUGGACCACCACGUGGUUACCUGGGUGCCACAACGCCCCCUUAUCAUCUUUCAACGUCCAGAUCGCCGUCCUUGCCACCCCAAUUUCCAUAUCCCCAUGAUGCUGGCCUUUCUGUUUUCACUACCCUCGGAGGACCAGGAGGAAUGGUACCGGGUCCAGCUUCGGACUUAAGCAAUGAAUCGAGUGGGGGUGGAGGAGGCGGAGGAGGUGGUGGUCCUGGUUAUCCCGAUUUUCCACCCUCGCCUGACUCUUGGCUCAGUGAACCACCAUCUCAUCCUCAUCAUCACCAUACUCAUUACGCCACAUAACCCUCCAAAAUUCAAUCCACGAAUACCGUAUAGAAUAACGCUUGUUUUCUUCUCAAAAACGAUAAUUAUUUAUAAAAUUCUCGAAUUUCUCAGUUUCAAGAAAUUCAAGAUUAACAAAAAUAUAUUUUUUAUUUCUAUUAUUAUUAUUUUUUUAUAUUAACGCUGUUGGAUAUUAUUAAUGACAAAUAGUCUCUAGGAUUUAUUAUUUUUUCGUUUUUUUUUAGUUAAUUAUAUUACGGAUAGUAAAUAUAAAUAAUAUAUAUAUAUUUUUCUUUUAGUCAAAAAACGUGAUUAAUUACCCCAUCGAAUGAUGUGAUCUUUGAUGGGGAUUGUGUAUAAAAAGGCUUUAAAAAAAUUUUUUUUUUGUUUUGGCGUUAUUCUAAGCUGUAUUUGACGCCGUCCCUUCCGUUUACUCCGAAUGCAAAUAUGCAAUGAAGAGGAAAAAAAAAUGCCACCGAAUUCAAACGGCUCCGAUUGUUUUAAAUUAAAAUUAAUAAUCACGCGCCACUCAUUACCGUAGAUACACAUAAUUGAUAUUACGAGUAAUAUAGAUAUAUUUAUGUACAAGUUCCUCGUUUCCGGUAAACUUGAAAAAAAAAAUCGACGUCAACUCCUAGACUUGUAGUUUCGUUAUCGAGCCUCAGUCUAAAUUAAGAAAACACAUUCUAUUUUCUUUUCUUUUUUACUCAAAAUUUUUCCUUUUUUUAUAUCUAAAUUGAUUUUUAGGAUUUUGUAAAAAAUAUAAAUACUUCUGAAAUUUGAAGUAUAAUAAUUAAAACUAUUAUAUUUAUUAAAUUGAAAUUGUAAUUAAGAAUUUUAAAACAUAGUAAUUUAAAUAAAAUGAAUUUUGUAAAAAAAAAAUCGUAAAAAUUACAAUUCAAAAGUGAAUAGUAAAUUAUUAUCUAAAUCCUAAAUAAUUAAUUUUAGUGAAUAUAAUAAAAUUUUCAUUCUUAAUUCGACUGAGGCUCGAUGUCAUCGUUGUCUACUGCGCUUUUUAAAAAGGUAGGAAUUGAAUUGCCAUAUUGUAAAUAAUUCAAAUUAGAUUCUAUCAUUCUACACGUGACUGUCAAACAUCGCAGCAUACUUCGUUCAUUAUCACGUAAUUUUCAAUAUCUGAGCUAACUUGAAAAUAAUCAAACGUAGAAAAUUGGAAACAAAAAAGAAAUAAAUUUAAAACUGAAGCGCUUUGAUAAUCUUCCGCAAAUUUAAAAAAAAAAUCGUUUCCAAGUACACAAAAUUUGUGAAUAGAUUCAUUUCGAAGAUGUAUUACAUAUGUCAUUUGUUAAUUAUCACUAAUUACUAAGAGAAAAUUGUCAUAGUGUGAUCUCUAUAAUGAAUUUUUGACUCGCAAUAAUACAGCGCACAAGAAAUGUUUUCUAAUCUUCAUCAACUGCGAUUAAAAUCAAAAAAAAAUUUCCUUUCUUUUCAUCGCAAUUCGUAGAAUUAUUAUUUAUAAUCAAGAAUUUUUUUUUCUUUUCAAAUCGUCAAUUUUCAUUUGCAAAUAAUUUUCAAUUUACGCACAAUUUUCCCAAUUCGUAAAUUUUCUUUUUUAAUUCGUAAUUUUUUAAUUAUAUUUUCUAUAUUUGUAAUUCGCGGAUAAUUUGUAAAAAAAAAACUAUUCUCCCAUGUAAAAAAAUAUUCAACUCUUUCAAAAUUCAAUUAUUAGCUAGUAAAAAAUAAAGAACGUGCUAAAAUUUAAUUUAAAAAAAAAAAAAUUUUCUUCAAAAAAUAAUGAAACGACAGAUUGAACGAGAAUGUUAAGGUUGUAUAAUAUUAUAAAUUAUAAGUGGAACAAAGUCACACGUGACAGAAAUCAGUUAUUACGGAUCUUUAUGUUAUUAUCUAGUCAUCAAGUGAUAAUAAAGAUUUAUCAUAAUCAGA